UCUCACUCAGUGUUUACCGAUGGAACAGAGUGACCACCAAAUUACAAAAACAUCUCAUAGAAAAUAAUAAUAACAUCAGCACAUAUUGGUGAGCUUGACGAGCAACUGAGUCAUUCAUUUACUUUAGGAAUUAAUCGAAAAGAUACCUUUAGUAACACUUUUAGUAGUAGUAUUAUUACAGGUUAGUAAUUUGUUCAACUUGCUAAAUUAAUUAAACAGCAAAAAUGGGCGUGCUGAAAAAGAAACCCAAGACCUUCGAGGUUCAACUGAGUGACCCGAACAAGAGCGCGUACAGCGGCGGAGAUAAAGUGGCCGGGCGGGUGGUGGUGGAGGUGUCAGAGGUGACGAGGAUUUCCGCCGUCAGACUGUUCGGGAUCGGAUGCGCUAAAGUCGAAUAUAGUAAAGGAAAGCUGCGCUGCAGGGAGGAAAUCGAGUAUCUGAAAUACGAAGAGGUUCUUCACCUUGAUCAUCAACCCACAGAUGCAGAUGGCUCCAUCACUCUCAGGCCUGGAAACAAAUAUGAGUUCAUGUUCGGGUUUGAACUUCCACAGGCGGGGUGCCUAGUUUCCUCCUAUGCAGGAAAGUUUGGCUCAGUCCAGUACUAUGUGAAUGUGGUCAUAGAAAAAUCAGGACAGCCAUUUGCAGAAUGCAAGCAACAUUUUAAGGUGGAGGAACCCAUUGAUGUAAACACCCAAGAACUCAUGACUCCAGUUACAGGUGCAAAAGAGAAGAAAGUAACCUGCAUGUUUAUUCCUGAUGGCAGCGUUUCCAUUGUCGCACGCAUAGACCGAAAGGGUUAUUGUGAAGGAGAGGACAUUUGCAUAGAUGCUAAAUUCGAGAAUACCUGCUCUCGGAUUGUCAUUCCUAAAGCCGGCAUCAUAGCCAAACACAUUUAUCUGGCAAACAACCGCACCAAGGUGUUUUGCGAGAAACUCACUUCUGUCAGGGGCAAUCACAUCAUCUCCGGCAUGUGUGACAUGUGGCAGGGGAGGGUCCUCCGUGUUCCUAAGUUGAAGCCCACCAUCUUGGGCUGUGACAUCAUCCACGUUGACUACACUUUAAGGAUCUAUGUCCAUAUCCCAGGCAGUGAGAAGCUGAUCCUUGAACUGCCUCUCGUCAUUGGGACGAUCCCCUUCAAUGGCCUGAAUAGUCGCACCAGCAGCAUGAGCAGUCAGGAUGGCAGUUCCCCCUCCAGCACUUGUAUGUCCAUCCCAUCUUCACCACCAAGUUACAGUGAGAUCUCCCAGGACAACCAAAUGGACAGUUCCAUUAUCCCUAUCCUAAAUGAUUACGAUGAGGAUGACAGUCCAAUCUUCAUGCGCAUUAGCGAGUAUCAUCUCCCCCCUCCCCCAGCAUACACAGAGAAUUGAGACUGCAUUUCUCCUUCAACGCAGCUGAAAAACUGCUGCCACAAAGCAUUAAGCUCCAGCAGAAGAACAAACACAGCUCCUGACAGCAAGAUUCAGAUCUAAAAAUGCAGAAUGACAGUGCUAGAGGACCAGGCAUGCUUUACUUCUGAGUUGUGGACUAUUAAAUACUGUGGCACACCAAGAAAUGGUUGAUUGGGAGUUUGUGAACCUUUACUGAGGUCGUCAGAAGCUCUUUUACUGAAUCAAGGGACACUUUGACUAAUGUAAGAAUACACCUCUUGAAAAUGACCAUUGUCAUCUUCAUGUUUGUUACAGAGAAAUCCUCAGCAUCUGAGAGAGUUUUUAGAUUUGUGUUAGAUUUUGCCAUAUUGGUAUAUUAUCCUGUCUGCUCUUACUGGCAUUCCAGAUUGGAAAGUAAAGAGGUUUUGCUCAGCACUCCUAAUAACUGGUGGGAAAACCCUUCAGGUUAGAAAAAUUGUCAUGAGACAAUAUUUUUGUGAUGUACUUUGUGAGAGUGAAAACCAAUGUAUGUCAUAUUGGGUUAUAUUUGAAUUGGUUGUAUAGA